GUGAAACGUCGGUCUGUUUGGAAAUAAUUCACGAGUCCUCCGUUGUAGUAACGGAACAUAGCGACUAAUUUGUUGGUGAAGCCACGGUAAUUCACAUAAAGUAACACAGACAAUGUCUUACAUGCACUUAAAAUGCCAUGCAUUGCCUUUUUUUUCAGGUUUGCGCAACAGUCUGAUAACGUAAAGUAUACAGCUGUGCAAAGAUUCAACCAGAGGAACAAGCCGUGGUUUUGAGUUGUAGCUUUUUCGAAGCCUACGGUUUGUUGCAUAAACAUUACGUGUACUUUUAUUCGAGCCAUGCUAAAAACUUGCACAACCACAUGAGCCAAAUUACAAAAAACAUCUCCAGGGUCAGGCGAAAACUGGAAGCUAUCGGUACAGCGGAUGGAUGCUUUGAACCUGCCCUCUCCUUCAAAAGAGGAGCUGAGAGUAGCCAUCCACGACCCUGGGAUGGAGACAAACAACAUUAAACAGCUUGUACACGAGUUCAGAGGACUUUACGAGCAGAGAUUGACAACUCUGGAGCUGGACACCAGUGUAACCAGAGAGGAACUGCUACAGAAGAAAGUGAAUUUCCUGAGGUCUUAUCUGAAUGACCUUGCAGACCAGAACCAGGUGCUGCUUCAGACCAUUGAGGAUCUGCAGAAGGAAGCUGACUACAAAGUCUCCAACUGGGGAACAAAGCUCCACACCUCUGAGCGUAUAUUGGACGUGUCUGAGGUUGAUGUGAGGACUUUGUUGCUGGAUGAGCUUGUUGGACCUGCGUCUCAAGUCCCCCACAGUAUUGGUUCCCUGGUCCAGAUCACAUCUGAGUUGGGAGACCGGAAAAUCCAGUUGCAAACCGAGGACAUGGUCAUCUGUGAUCUGGAGAGGGACCUCAGAGAGAGUUUCCAGCAGAAACAAAAGACUGCAACACAGGUGCUGGAAAGUAGCGAGAGGCUGGUGCACCUGCAGAGCGAGCUCUCAUGUCUGCAGCGGAUCCAGAAAGACAACAUGAAGGAGAUCGCUGAGAAAGACGUCCGCAUCACCAAACUGCAAGCUAACAUUGAGCUGCUGCAACAGGAAGGGGCCGACACACACGCUCAGCUCUCCAGGCUGAAUGUGAGAGCAAGCGAGCUUCAGCAGGAGCUGAAGAGAAAAGAGGAGGAAUGGAGGCAAAGAGAAGACGAACGGAGACUGAAAUAUGAAAAGGAGCAUCAGAAAGCAGAGGAGAGGAGAAGGCAGGAGCAACAAAAGAGGGAGGAGGAGGAGGAGAGGGAGGAACAGUGGAGGAGGGGGAUUGAGGAGGAGACAGAGGCCCAUACUCAAGUCUAUGAAAAGUGGACUGAGAAGGAAGCUAUGUUGAAUUGUGAGUUGACGGUCAGCAGGAAGCAGGUAGAGCUACAGAGCAGCGAGCUGUCAGAGUCUCACCAGAAGGAGCAGACUCUUCUCUCUGAGGCCAAAGCCAAAAUGGUGUCUUUAAGGGGCGAGCUCAGUGCCUUGUUUGAGAGACGGCUGGGAGAGAAAGAGGCGAGGAUUAACCAAGUAACUGAAGAGCUGAAUGGAGUGAGACAAAAGAUGAAAGAGAGAGACGAGCAUGUGAGACACCUGGACCAGGAUGUGGUUAGUUUGCGAGCCUCUCAGGACUCUCUGAAGGGAACCUUGGCUAUGAAGGAGAAACACAAGCAACAGCUGGUCCAAGACAACACACAGCUCAAAGAAAGCCGGGCUACACUGCAGAGCAAAUUACAAACCAGUGAGUGCCUGUUGAAUGACAUCCGUAAAACCCUGGAUCAGACCAAAAUCAGCCUGGACACGGAAAGACAGCAGAGACAGCAGAUCCAAGACCAGCUGCACCAUGCCAACGAAGAGAUGGAGCAUCUGCAGCAGGAGCUAAUACACGUGCGUCACACCACUGACAAGAAGAUUCAGAAGAGGGAGAUUAAGAUGUGCGCGCUGCUGAGGGAGCUCACGGAGAGUAAGAUGCAGCACUCUGAAUGUCAAAAGGAGUUGCUGGAAAGAGAGGAGGCUUUGGAGAAAGUGAGCGAGGACAGCGAUGAGCUGAGAGCCAAGAUGGAGGACCGGAGCAGAGAGUUUGUCCACGUCAACCAGACCAAAGAGAGACUGGAGGCUGAUUUGGCCCUGAGCCAUGAGAAAGUCCACACCUUGCACCUGGAGGUUCGAAGCAGAGAUCAGUUAAUUCUGCAGUUAAGAGCUGAAAUGAAGACAGCUGAACAAAAGCAUCAAAGGCAACAGGAACAGGUGGCAGCACUGAAGGUUGAGGUGAGACACUUGAAACACAAGGUCAGAGGACACCCGGAUGAGAGGUGUCAGCUUAGCGAAAAGGUCCGAGAUAUCGAGUGCCUUAUAGAGCAGAAAGAGAAAGAACAGCAGCAGCUACAUGAUCAGCUCCGUAUUGGCCAGCAACAGGUCGAGACAUUUGAAGGGAAGCUAAAGAAGCAGGGGGUUGAGAUGGAACUUCUUCAUCAGCAGCUAAAAGGAGCCAAGGAGGUGAUAAAAGAUGCCGGUUUACAAGCCCAGGAGCAGAAAGAAACGGUAGCCAUUUUUAGACAAAAGUACACAGCAGCGAUAGAGAAGGUGCAUAGGGUGCAAGGGCAGGUGGAGCUUUUGGAAGAGGAACUACAGUAUUCACAGCAACAGCUACGAGAUUCCCAAUUGGCAACGCAUUCAGUGAAGGAAGAGCUCGCUGAGAUGGAGCAGCGGUGGCUGGAAAAGGUUGGCCAAUGGGAGAACGCCCAGGAGGCUUUUGACCAGUUGACGGAUGAGCUCCAGGCCAACCAGAAUCUACUGAGAGAGAGUCAACAAACAGCAGACUACCUUAAAGGCCCGGAACUGAUGUUGGAGUGUGACCUACAGCUAUACCAACAGAGUCAUUCUCAUUCUGACGAUGAGUACCUCAGCCUGCUAACACACAGAGAGCGGCUGCAGAAGCGCUGCACUGAGCAGGUUGAGCGCCUUGCAGAGUGUGAAAAGGCUAUUCUUCAGAUGAAGUCAGAGCUGGAGAGACAAGCCCAGCAAAAAGCAGGUCUGCGGCAAAGUCUUGUUGCGUCCCACCACACAAACAUGAGCAAUCGCAGCCAGCUGGAACAGGAAGUGAUACGUCUGAAAACGGAAGUUACACGCUUAAAGCUUGAGCUGGCGGACACCCAAAAGGUACGUGUGGCACUUCUCAGACAGUCAGAGGAGGAGCUGAAGGAGGCCAGACGAGAGGCAGCGAGACGGAGCAACGAGCUGGUUGUACAGAGAGCAGAGGUGCAGGGACUUCAGGAAGAGUUACUGAAGGGGGAGGAGAAAAUGAGGAGUGCCAUCGGAGAGAAACGGAGUCUGAGCAGUCGCGUCAGGCAGUUGAGUCAAGAGCUGGAGGAGCUGCGCGGCAAGCUGCAAGUGACAGUGGAGGAGUUGGCAGCCCGUGCAGAGGAGGCGAGGCGGAUGGAGGGUUGCCUGAAUGAGGGAAAGCUAGCAGAGGAGAAAAUAAGGUCAAUGGCUGUGAGGCUGGAGACAGAAGUGGCAGAGCUGAGGAGGAAUCUUCAGCAGGCUGUCGAUCACAAACUCGAGGCGGUGCGAGAGAAACGGGAUGCCGUGGAACAGGUGGACACUCUCCUCUCGGAGCUGGAGGGGGCGCGGUCUGACAAGGCAAACCUACGCCAUGAGAGUCAGCUGGUCAUGACUAACGUCAACCGUUGGAUUACUGAACAAAAGGCUUCCAGCGAGAACCUCACUGCCCGGAUGAAGGCCCAAAACAAGGUGCUGCUCAUCAUCACUGAAGAGAAAGAGCAUCUUCAAGACUCUAAUGACACAUUGAAGGCGGAGGUAAAGCGACUGAAAGAAGUGGGGGAUGAGAUGGCGAGAGACAUGGAACGCUUCAAGGCCUGGAUCCGAGACCUGGGCUUCCCGCAAGAAGAGACAACCAUGGAAAAGCAGGGUUGUGUGGCUCUAAACCUCAGCAAAAUCGAGGACAUGCAGACUAGACUUCGAAGCAACCUGGAGGCCAUCAGAAUGCUAAAUCAACAAUUAAACUCUCUCAGCAGGGAGAAUAAGCGGUUGCGUAGGCAGCUGGAUGAGGAGAGGUCCAUGCGUAGACAAGUGGAGCAACUGAUCCCUCUUCCUCCCACCUUCCAGCAGAGCUCCAUCGUCCACCUCCCCCUCUCCCCCAGUGCCCGCCCAGCUCCUCUCUCCACCUCCUUGUUCUCAUCCCUCCGCCUCCCUCAUCCCCUGAGCCUGGACAAUGCGACAGGGGACACUGAUGGGAUUCUAGCCCAAACCAAGCUGAGCGGAGCUGGGCUAGAGAGACCAGCAUACAGAGUAAGAAGAUGGCGCUGGGGGUAA